GCGCUGCGCUGUCGCUGCUGUGGCUGUGCCGCUUCCGGUCGAUCCCCGGCCCGCCAAGCCACCUCCGCCUCCACCAUCUCCACCGGCGGGCGCCAUGAAGCAGCCGAGGUCGCGGCAGGAGCCGCGCCGGAUGGGCAACUCCGCCAUGGUCGUCACCAUGCUGCUCUCCCUCUGCGUCCUCACCUUCAUCAAGGCCCGCUACUGCUCCACUCCGUACCCCAACAAGCCGGCGCCGCUGCUGGACCUGGAGGUGGAGAUCGACGAGGACUACGACAGCAGCCGGUACAAGAUCUCCGGCCCCAUCGGGGAGGAGGAGUUCGACCCCAGCCGCCCCACCUGCUACAACACCAGCAAGCGCUCGGAGCGGUGCGCCGCCGUGGGCGACAUCCGGGUCGACGGCAACCACUCCAAAAUCUACAUCAGCCCGCUGGGCAAGGAGUGGCGCACCAAGCCGUACGCGCGCCGCCACGACGCCGUCGCCAUGGACGACGUCCGCGAGUUCGCACUCCUCCCCUUCGGCGGCAGCAACGACACCGUCGUGCCGCCGCUCUGCACCAGGAACCACUCUGUCCCGGCCUUCCUCUUCUCCAGCGGCGGGUUCGCGGGCAACCUGUACCACGACUACACCGACGUGCUGGUGCCGCUCUUCACCAGCACCCACCACUUCGGCGGCGAGGUGCAGUUCCUCCUCACGGACAUCAAGGACUGGUGGCUGGACAAGUUCACGCCCCUCUUCCGCCAGCUCUCCAACUACGACGUCAUCGACGUCGACAACGACCAGGAGGUGCACUGCUUCUCGCGCAUCGUCAUCGGCUCCACCUUCCACCGCCCCAUGGGCAUCGACGGCACGCGGUCGCCGGGCGGCGAGACCGUGGCCGACUUCAAGCGCCUGCUCCGCCGCGCCUUCCGCCUCGACCGCGUGGUGGCGUCGCACGACGGGUCGGCCAGCCUCGGCAAGCCGCGACUCCUCAUCAUCUCCCGCAAGUCGUCCCGGCGGUUCCUGAAUGAGCGCGCCAUGGCGCACGCCGCCGCGCUGGCGCAGUUCGACGUGCGCAUCGCGGAGCCGGACAACCACACGGACAUGCCCAACUUCGCGCGGCUGGUGAACUCGGCGGACGUGAUGAUGGGGGUGCACGGCGCCGGGCUGACCAACAUGGUGUUCCUCCCGAGCCGCGCCGUGCUGCUGCAGGUGGUGCCGUUCGGCGGGCUGGAGUGGCUGUCCCGGGUGACCUUCAAGGACCCGGCCAAGGACUUCGACGUGACGUACAUGGAGUACAACGUGUCGCUGGAGGAGAGCUCGCUCAAGGACCUCUACCCCAAGGACCAUUUCUACCUGAAGCACCCCUACGACGUGCACAAGAAGGGCUGGAACGCCAUCAAGACCACCUACCUCGACAAGCAGAGCGUCAGGCUCGACCUCGCCAAGCUGACGCGCACGCUGGAGCACGCGCGCAGCCUCCUGCCCUCCUCACGCUGACACUGAGCUCUACUUGCACCUGCAAGUUCAGUUUCUCCAUGCUAGAUUAGGUCCUCUUCUUCCUCCUCUCUCUCUCUCUCUCUCUCUCUCAUGUUUGGUUCACUUCUUGAUUUGUUGUUGUUCUUGUGGUGCCAAAGAUUCAUUUCCUUCUUUUCUUCUUUUCUUUUUCAUUUUGGUAAAGGAGGAGACGAACAAGUUCGUGUCAAGCAUAGGCAACAAGUGCCCAAAGUGUUAAUUUACACUCUGUAAAUUCGAUUGAUUGUCCCAGCAGCCAGCACACACUUGCAGAGAAAAAUGUAAUUAUUUGCCCACAUGGGGAGUAUGUGAUCCAUCACUUUACUGCUCUACCACCAUCAGAGACAGGGCAUGUGAACAAUUGAGUGUGAUGCUUUUCUGGUCC